AUGAGAGCCUUCAUAGUCCUUUGUGUUGUGGCUGUGGCUUAUGCCGAUAAACUUGGCUACAACUACCAUCCAGUGGGUCAUUCGAGCUCUGGAUUAUCGUUUGCCCCUGGCAGUGGCUCCCAAAGUGGAGGCGUUGCUGCUGGUAACGGUCCAUCAUCGUUCGGUGCUGGUUCUAGCAAUGGCCCCUCCUCCUUCGACAGCCAAGGGUCCAGCGAGUCACCUUCUUUUGAACCUCAAGGUGAGAUCGAGAAACAAUUCAUUACCUACACAGCUGAUGAUGAGGAAUUCAUGGAUCCUGAGGCCACCAACCAAUUUGCCAAUUCUGUGAAGCAAGGUCUGCGUGUUGUAUUCGUCAAGGGUCCCGAUAAUCGUGCCUUGGAAGAAGCUGCUCUGGCUUUGGCCAAAUCCGCCGCUGAACAGCACACCGACAUCUAUGUCCUCAACAAACAGGCCGACCUUGCCGCCUUGGCCAACAAAUUGAACUCGGAAAACAGCAGUGCCAACAACAAGCCCGAUGUGCACUUUGUCAAGUAUCGCACGCCUGAGGAUGCUGUCAAUGCCCAAAAGGCCAUCCAAGGCCAAUACGAUGCUUUGGGAGGCAAAUCAGAGAACAUUGAUGGUGGUGUGGCUUCUUCUCUCAACUUUGCUUCUCAAGCUCCAUUCGCCCGCCAAUCGGCUUCGGCACCUGGCGCCAGCUAUUUGCCCGCUUCCGUUUUCCGGCACUAA